CGCAGUUGGUUCAGUAAAGUCUACACUACUGAAGUGGACUAAACAAUCCGUUGACGGGUUUAAAUCUGAGGGCGUCGUGGGGACGCUAUUUUGGUCUCUAGGCAAAAUUAAAUAACCUCAAAACAACAACAACGAAGCAUAAAACACAUCUCGCAAUGUCAUAAAAUCGGACAAACAUCCGCCGAACGCCCGGAGUGCAAAAUAGUGCACAAAAUGUCCUCAGCCAAGGAAGAAACUUUAUCCCCAGAGGAGCUACGGAAGAGGCUCUAUAAAACAUUGAGGGAUAGGGGAGUGUUAAAUACACUUAAGACCCAGCUGCGCAACCAACUCAUCCAAGAGUUAAAGCCUUCACCCCUAAGUGGAGCAGAACCAUCUCAAAGAGCAGCCACUGGUCGACCAGACUACCUUUUAUUCUUAGCCUGUAACAACAUAGUGGCAGAUUAUCUUCACUGCUCAGGCUAUGAGUACUCCUUGUCUGUAUUCUGCCCUGAGAGUGGCUUGUGCAAAGAGAAGGUAUUCAAGAAAACAGACAUCCUUCAGCUUCUUAAAAUCAGUGCUGAGUCUUCUCUGUACAAAUCCCUGUCCUCAAGUAGCAAUGAUUCAGGCUUCCUAAUCAACCUUGUGUCAAAUCUCACACACCACCAUGCUCCUGGUCUGCACUGCGACGCUCACACUCAGACAACCAGCUCUUCUAGUUAUGAAGAGUCUCUUGUUGAGAAGAUGAAAAUGAUCGACAAGGAAUACGAGAAUGUGAGUUACAGCGGGGACAAGUGGUUUUCAUUCCAAUCCAAACUGGCUUCCUACAAAAGAGAACUAGAAACCCAGACGCAGAUUGAAAUGAACACAAAGAUGCAACAUUUUAAAGAGGUCGAAAUUGCCAAGGUUAGGAUGGAAGAAAAAGUGCAGUGUCAGAAGGAGUUUGACAAGCUGAAACAGGAACUGGAGAGAACCUACGAGAUGAAGACGAAGGCGUUGAAUAUCCGGGAGAAAAACGCCAUUGAGAGGCUACAAAAGCAGCAGGAGAUUGAGGAAAAAGACAUCUACAUGCAGAGGCAGAUGGUGCUGAAGGAAAUUGAUACGCUGCGGGAGAGAGAGAAUGAGCUGAGGAUGCGAAUGGAGGCAUUUGAAAAGAGUUGUGAAAUACACGGAGAGAAGGUUAAGACCAGUGAUGAGCUAAUGAGGAGGAGAGAACUAGCAGUGAAGACGAUGGAGGACACGUAUGACCAGAGGCUGAAAAGUGAACUUUCCAGGUAUCAGCUGGAGCUAAAGGAAGAAUAUUUGAAGAGAACAGAGCAACUAGCAGUGAGUGAGAGCCGCAACAAAGAGGAAGCCAUUUACAUCAAAAAAGAGUCCGCUACAAUUAAGCUGAAAUUGGAUGAGCACAAUAAAGCUUGCUUGGAGCUGAAGCAGCUACAGGUGGCACUGGAUGCCUCACAGCAGCAAACCUCUCUGCUCAAUCAACAGAAUGAUUUGCUGCAAGAAAGAUUGGAGAGUAUGAGCGACUAUGGCAGUUUAAAGGAAGAUAAGGCAGUCUUGCAGGGGAAAGUGCAGCUUCUUAAGACCCAGCUGGAGGAGGCACUGGAGGAGAAACAGCGUCUAUGUGCGGAAUUGGACAAGCCAUCCAAAACGCAGCUGGCCUUGCAGGCGGAGCUCUGCAAGCUUCAGAGUGCUCGCAAAAUGGACGAGGAGGAGUUCACCAACCAGAAGCUGGUGCUGCAGAAACAGCUCCAGUUGGAGGUGGAGCGAUACGAUCAGCUUAAGGCACUUCUUUUAGAAAGUGAGGAGAAGUUGCAGUGGAUGACCGCUCAUGUUGAAGACCUCAAGAUGCAGAUUCGCCAAACUCAGCAAGCUCUUGAAAACGAAGUGCUGCUUAACUCCAAGCCAUCUCUGGUCGAUCGCUCAGUCUUGAAUUUCAGCAGCGAUAAGCUGGUUCCCCCUGAUAUCUACGUGGACCGGGCCUUGCUGAGGCCCCAGGCGGCUUACGAUCACAUGAGCGAGGUGGAAGUGCACACACAGGGUAACCAAUCCCAUUGGGACGACUGUAACUCCGACCUUGAGAUGCUGGCUAAAACCAACGCUCGCAUCCAGGAGCUAGCGAGAGAGGCUGAGGCUUUGGAUGAAGCUUGCAGGAAGUACCAGCAGGGGGCAGUGCCCGCCAACAUCUCAAACAGGCGUGCUCCAAAGCCAUCACGUAGGGUGGACUCUCCUCUGCUGACACAAGCUACUGACCUCUUCCACCCUUACAACGACCGCCAAUCAAAAACCAUAUUAAGGUCGCUCUCUCAGAAAACAGUGAGGACCCCCUCCGCAGCAACCUAUGACACCAGAAAUGCCUUCACAGCAGCUCAGCAUAGAGUGACCUUCUCACAAGACCAAAACCUCAAGUCCUCUGGCCUCUCAGCAGCUAGUAGUCAUUCAUCGACUGAACCUCAGUCUGUGGGAGAUGACCUCCCCCAGGGCAGACGCUCAUCCAGGCGUCCGUCCUCCCACGGCAGGAGACAGCGUCAAGGCGCAGCAGAAGAAGUCGUUCUGUCCACCUUUUUCUCGGACUUGUCACAUGACAGCUACCUUCACUCCGCCCCCCACAACGAGGUGCCCAGCUCACGUGCACGUGAAUUAUCCCCCGAGCUGAGCCCACCUCACAGUCCUCAGCUCCAAAGUACGGCGCGAAACCCUCACAGCGUGCCAAAUCCACCUUGUGUCUCCUCCAGCUCGCAGUCUUCCCCGCUGCCUGAGAGAAUAAGCAUUGAGGACCUCACAGGGAUUUCACCAGAACCCGGCCACAUUCCAGAGCUUCCCUUGGACACUGCCGUCCCUCUCUCCGAGAAGGCCCCUGGUGGCCCCUCUGUCCUCCGCCUACAGUCUCCACCAGACCUCCCAGAAGCCCCGGUGAACUCUGGGGGCCAAGUGGCUCAUAUCCCAAAGGGAUUGGAGGCAGAGGAAGAGGAUGAGGAGCAGCGAUGGGAAAAAGAGAGAAGAGAAAAGCAAGAACUGAGGCGACAGGAGCAGGAGGAGGCCAGAGAGAGAGAACAACAGGAAGCAGAAAGACUGGAGAGAGAGACCCUCCUACAACAACAACAACAGGAGGAGGAGGAGGAAGAGAAGGAUGGAGGAGACGAGGACAGAGGAGAUGAGGGCGAGACGCAGGCUGAAGCCCUGAAUGAAAACCCCUUAGAGAAAUACAUGAAGAUUGUUUUGGACGGGCGAGAGAAGCAGCGUGAUAAAAGAUCUGCAGGGGAAGAAGAACACCCAAGCCCAGAGGUCAAGAGUUUGUCUGAGGAGAAAGAUAAUAGCAUUGCGGCGUAUUCGCACAAGGAUGAAGACGCCGAUGAUGAUUUCUGGUGAACUGGUUCCCGAACAUUGGUGACAUUUAUGUUUUUCUAUUGUGUGGAUGAAUAAAGGACAUACACGAUU